UUUUUUUUUUUUUUUUUUUUUUUCUAUUUUGCUUAUAUGUAUCCAUCCAUGCGGUAGGUACGAAGGGAGGAGCAUGAUGCGGGGACUGCAGGACGGGGCUUAUCCUACAAACUUUAUACUAGUUAUUUCUAUCGUUUCCCUCCUUUCCGACCUUUCCUUCUUACCCCUCCCCCUUUUUUUCCUGGUCAUCCCCGUCACUUUUUUUUUUUUUUCUGGGGGGGAAUAUAACUUCAAGUUUCUUUGGGGACUAUACAUAUAAGAAAAAUUUAAAAACGAAAAAGGUAAUAAAAUUUAUAUCCUCACAUCAAGGGUCAAAGUACGAACAAUGCGGGGCCUACCUCUCCCGUUCGCCGGGCGGCUGAAGGCCCUCCCGCUCCCCGUGAUCCGGAUCAUCGGCCUCCUCGUGCUCGCGAACAUGGUCGUCUGGGCCGCCGUCGGCGUCGUCCUGCACUUCUACCCGGCCAUGAUCACCCCCGCCGUGCUCUCCUACACGCUCGGCCUGCGCCACGCCCUCGACGCCGACCACAUCAGCGCCAUCGACCUCAUGACCCGCCGCCUGCUCGCCUCCGGCCAGCGCCCCGUCACCGUUGGUACCUUUUUUAGUCUGGGCCACUCGACCAUCGUUAUUGUUACCUGUAUUGUGGUGGCGGCUACGAGCGGCGCCCUGCGCGACCGCUUCGAUAAUUUCCAGUAUGUCGGUGGUAUUAUUGGCACGAGUGUUAGCGCGGCUUUUUUGAUCCUGCUAUGUCUGGGUAACGGAUGGGUUUUGUAUCGUCUUGUGGGUCGCUUGCGCGUGCUGCUGCGCGAGCCGGACCCGCAUCGUCCCGAGGAGGGGGGCGGCAGCGAUGAAGAUGAUGAAGACGAUCACGAGGGCCGUGCCGCUGCUAACCUGCAGCUCGAGGGUGCGGGGUUUCUUGCGCACGUGUUCCGGAAGCUGUUUCGCAUUGUGGAUCGCCCGUGGAAGAUGUACCCUCUCGGCGUGCUUUUCGGGCUGGGCUUCGACACGAGCUCGGAGAUCGCGAUAUUGGGUAUUGCGAGUGUGCAGGGGGCGCAGGGGACGAGUCUUUGGGUUAUUCUUAUUUUUCCGCUGCUGUUCACUGCCGGCAUGUGCAUGCUCGACACGACCGACGGCGCCCUGAUGAUGGCCCUGUACUCCAACAAGGCCUUCGCGCGCGACGCCGUCGCCAUCCUCUACUACUCCAUCGUCCUGACCGCCAUCACCGUCCUCGUCUCCGCCUUCAUCGGCGUCGUCCAGCUGCUCUCCCUCGUCCAGAACGUCGCCGAGCCGGAGGGCCCCUUCUGGGAUGGUCUCACUGCUCUCGGUGAUAAUUUUGAUGUUGUGGGUGGCUGUAUAUGUGCGCUGUUUUUGGUGGUGGGGCUGGGCUCGGUGGUUGUGUAUAGGCCGUGGAGGAGGAGGGCGGAGAGGAGACGGCGUGGUGUGGUUGAUGCGGCGGCUACCCCGCAGAGGCUGGACAGUGAUGAUCAUGUUGAGGAUGGCUUUCGUGAUGCGGAGAGUUGAGGUAAGGUGGUAUAUUUGAUUUAAGCACAUAUAUUACCCCCUUGCUACUAACCUUUCUGUUUGGGUGCCUACCCACAAUGGAUCUACUUGCGUAUCUAAGUAAGGCCAGAAGCAUCUAUAUAUGGGCAUACAAUACGAGUUAUAAGCUAUCUCGCAACCUGUCAAUUAGGGCUUAGAAAAUAUCAGCGAGGUAGGUAUCUUAUUUCUGAUAGGUGAAAUAGGACGACGAGGUGUAUUUAUAGGAAGUUGAUAGAUACUAGGUACCCAGCUUGGCAUUAGGAUAGGUAGGGGUGAAGCUAGGAACCAGAGUUAGCAUGUUUAAAAGUCCUACAAGCAGUUACAUCAAAAUAGGCAUCUUGAGAUGAUCACUCGUCGUUUCUCUUCCGAGUCAGGCCAUCAUCGCAACCACACGCA